UCCUAAUUCUCUAUUUAAUUUUUUUGGUUUUCCAAUUCUAAUUCUAAUCUUCAAUGUAAUCCCAAUUCUAAUAGCAUUGGCAUGGCAAUGACCAGAAGAACAGCAACAAUGUUGCUGCGUGGUUAGCAGUGAGAGAGAGAAACAGAGAGAAUCGAAUGCAACAACUCUCACGUCGGGACCAAUUUCCCUCCUUCCUUGUUCGAAUUUAUUUCCCCUGCAAAUCGUGAUGGAAGCGUUGAUCGAGUUAUGCGACCUCAUUGCGCAGAAUCCGUCGCUAUUCUCCGACAAGCUCUCGUGGAUAUGCGACAAAUGCCCCCCGCCGGAGUACCUCUCGGCGGGAUCUCCUAGGGUUUCGCGCUCUCAGCUCAAUGCCGUCCUCGCCGUCGCGCGCUUCCUCUCCAACUGCCCCGAUUCCGCCGAUCUGCGCCCAAAGUCCGUCGUCCUCGAGUUCCUCCGCUCCGUUCCCCAUUCCUUCACUCAAUCCUUCUGGCCCCACCCUUUCAGCCUCGAUUCCGUCGCCUCUUUCUUCCUCGAUUUCAUCGGCUACGUCUCCAAGGCCGCACAAUCCUCACCGGAUUUCGCCGAGGAGCUCGCCGCCUUCGCCGGCGAAGUAGUGAUUUCCGCGAUCGGCGAACAGCGCUCUGGCAUUGCUAGGGCUUUCUUGGCCGCUCUCUCGCAGAACUUUCUUCCAAUUUCGUCCUUCGAUGCCAACAGAUUGGUGACUUGUUUAAUCGAUCAAUUCGCUGCGCCUACGGUGGGGCCUGUUCCAGGCAUGCCGAGGGAACAACUUGCUGCGGAAAAUUCCUCGGCUCAGAGCUCGCCCAUCAGUGUGAACCACCAAUCCCUAACCAAUUACAAUGACAGUCCCGGGAAUGAGAAUGCUUCGGGUUCCUCGAGCAGUGUGGCUUCUAAGGCCGCGGAUGAUGUCAGCACGGCGUCGUCGAGAGGGAUGGUGAAUGGGGGAAACCAUGUUUGGAGGACCGGUGCUGAUCAAUUGGCGCAGAAUUUGGGUUUAAAUGAUGGUGGUCUUGGCGCGUUCUCGUCUGGCCAACAAGUUGUUUUGUUCGAGGAAGAGUCUGUGGAGUUCUUGGAGAGGCAGGAAAUAGCUUUUAAGUUGAUUGCUCACGUGUUGGAGAAGGCCCACGUUGAACCUGCGCUUUUGGAGCAGGUUAGGUUAAUCGGGAAGAAGCAGAUACAGUCCAUGUCUGUGUUUCUGAAGAUAAGGAAGAGGGAUUGGCAUGAGCAGGGGUCUCUUUUAAAAGCUAGGAUUAAUACCAAACUGUCAGUUUAUAAAGCAGCGGUGAACCUGAAAAUCAAGAGCCUCUCAGCACUGGAUUCCGAUUCGAGGUCUGUUAAGAGGUUGGUUUAUGAGGCAGUUGCGAUAUUGAUAGAUGCUGCCGAGGCGUGCUUACUCUCUGGAUGGCGUAAGUUGAGAUUGUGUGAAGAGCUCUUCAGUUCAUUGCUUCUUGGGGUAGCACAUAUUGCUAUUGCCCGAGGAGGACAGCCGCUGCGUAUUUUGCUCAUUCGCCUAAAGCCAAUUGUUCUCAACGUUUGUGCUCAGCCUGAUACAUGGAGUAAUACCCACGGAGGCAUGUUUGAGAGUGUCAUGAAGGUCAGCUGUCAGAUAAUUGAAUCCUGCUGGAAUAAGGAGCGAGCCCCUGUUGACACAUACAUAAUGGGAUUAGCCACAAGCAUACGUGAACGAAAUGAUUAUGAAGAACAGGACAACCAAGAGAAACCUGCAGUUCCUUUUGUACAGCUUAAUGUUAUACACCUGUUUGCUGAGCUGAGCGCUGCAGUCAACAAGUCUGAGCUGGUAGACGUGUUAUUACCUCUUUUUAUUGAAAGCCUAGAAGAGGGUGAUGCUUCAACUCCUAGUUUGUUGAGACUCCGACUUCUUGAUGCCGUGUCUCGAAUGGCCAGUUUAGGUUUUGAGAAAUCUUACCGUGAAACAGUGGUUUUGAUGACUAGAAGUUACCUGAACAAACUUUCCAGUGUAGGAUCAGCUGAAAGCAAAACAGAGGCAACUGAAGCCACAACUGAGCGAGUUGAAACUCUACCUGCAGGAUUUCUUCUUAUUGCUAGUGGUCUUACUAGUGAUAGACUGCGUUCAGAUUUUCGUCAUCGAUUGCUCUCCCUAUGCUCAGACGUUGGUUUAGCUGCUGAGGCUAAAAGUGGAAGGAGUGGAGCAGAUUUCCUGGGUCCUUUGCUCCCUGCAGUUGCUGCAAUUUGUUCCGAUUUUGAUCCUACUUUAAAUGUGGAGCCAUCACUUUUAAAACUAUUUCGCAACCUAUGGUUCUAUGUUGCUCUUUUUGGCCUAGCGCCACCGGUACAGAAGACUCCAGUAACUACAAAGUCAGUUUCAAGUACACUGAACAGUGUGGGAAGCAUGGGUGCAAUUUCCCUUCAAGCUGUAAAUGGACCAUAUAUGUGGAAUGUGGACUGGUCUUCUGCUGUUCAACGAAUUUCUCAGGGGACUCCUCCACUAGUUGUUAGCUCAGUGAAAUGGCUCGAGGAUGAGUUAGAACUAAAUGCUUUGCACAACCCAGGCAGUCGUCAAGGCAGUGGCAAUGAAAAGGCUGCACUUGCACAAAGAGCUGCUCUUUCUGCAGCUUUAGGAGGGAGAGUUGAUGUCACAGCAAUGACCACAAUCUCAGGAGUGAAGGCUACUUAUCUUCUUGCUGUAGCUUUUCUUGAGAUCAUCCGCUUCAGCAGCAAUGGUGGAAUCUUAACUGGUGGCACCACUAUGGAUGCUGCAAGAAGUGCCUUUACUUGUGUCUUUGAAUAUCUCAAGACUCCAAAUUUAAUGCCAGCUGUCUUCCAGUGUUUAGCAGCAAUCGUCCACAGGGCUUUUGAAACAGCGGUGUCAUGGCUGGAAGAUCGAGUUUCUGAAAUAGGCCAUGAAGCUGAGACCCGAGAUUCAAUACUUACAAUGCAUACCUGUUAUCUAAUAAAAAGUCUGUCCCAGAGGGAGGAUCAUAUACGAGAUAUUGCAGAGAACUUGUUGACUCAACUCAGAGAUAAGUUUCCACAGGUUUUAUGGGAUUCUCCUUGCAUAGACUCUUUGCUAUUUUCAUUUAAUGACGACUCUUCCACUACCAUCAUCAACGAUCCUGCUUGGACAGCAACAGUCCGUACCUUGUAUCAGAGAAUUGUUCGAGAAUGGAUAAUAAAAUCAGUUUCUAGUGCUCCGUGCACUAGCCAGGGCCUUCUUCAGGAUAAACUCUGUAAAGCAAAUACUUGGCAAAGAGCACAGCCCACAAUUGAUGUUGUUUUACUUUUAUCUGAGAUAAGAAUUGGCACCGGGAAAAAUGACAAUUGGCCAAUACAAACAGCAAAUAUUCCUGCAGUCACGGCUGCAGCAGCUGCAGCUUCAGGGGCAAAUUUAAAAGCAUCAGAGUCUUUUAAUUUGGAUGUUAUUAGUUCUGGUAAGUGUAACCAAGCUGCAGCGACAGUUAAGUGCAACCAUGCUGGAGAAAUUGCUGGGAUGAGAAGGUUGUAUAACAGCAUUGGUGGAUUUCAGUCCAGUACUGCACCUUCUGGUCUUGGACUUGGAGCUGGGCUUCAAAGAAUUAUAUCUGGAGCUUUUCCUCAGCAGCCACAAGCUGAGGAUGACUCGUUCAAUGGAAUGUUGCUUAAUAAGUUUGUGCGUUUACUUCAACAGUUUGUCAACAUAGCAGAGAAAGGUGGGGAAGUGGUCAGGUCUGAAUUUCGUGAUACUUGCUCUCAGGCCACUGUGCUGCUUUUAUCAAAUUUGAGUUCUGGAUCCAAAUCAAACGUGGAGGGCUUCUCACAACUUCUUCGUCUUCUUUGCUGGUGUCCUGCUUACAUUUCCACUCAUGAUGCAAUGGAAACUGGUGUUUUCAUAUGGACAUGGUUGGUUUCUGCUGCACCUGAACUUGGAGCUCUCGUUCUUGCUGAGCUUGUUGAUGCAUGGUUAUGGACAAUUGACACCAAGCGGGGUCUUUUUGCAUCUGAAGCAAGGUAUUCUGGACCUGCUGCAAAACUCAGGCCUCACCUAUCCCCUGGGGAGCCUGAAUUGCAGCCUGAGACUGAUCCCGUGGAGCAGAUAAUUGCUCAUCGACUAUGGCUUGGAUUUCUAAUUGAUCGCUUUGAGGCAAUUCGACACCAAAGUGUGGAGCAACUUCUGCUUUUUGGUAGGAUGUUGCAGGGGACAACAAAGCUUCCCUGGAAUUUUUCACACCAUCCUGCGGCCAGUGGCACUUUUUUCACUCUUAUGCUUCUAGGGCUCAAGUACUGCUCUUGCCAGUUUCAGGGCAAUCUGCAAAAAUUUCAGAUGGGGCUUCAGCUGCUGGAAGAUCGGAUAUAUAGGGCAUCUUUGGGUUGGUUUUCUUUUGAGCCAGAAUGGUAUGACACAAACUAUACAAACUUUGCUCAGUGUGAGGCUCAAUCUGUUUCUCUAUUUGUUCAAUACCUUACAAAUAUGAAAGGAGAUACUGUCCAAGUUGGUUCAAAAGGAAAUGGACAAGAAAAUGGGAAUCCUUUGGCUGAUGUGAGUGAUCACCAUCAUCCUGUUUGGGGUCAAAUGGGGAACUAUGCUGCAGGAAGAGAAAAACGGAGGCAGCUACUUUUAAUGCUUUGCCAGCAUGAGGCUGAUAGGCUUGAUGUCUGGGCACAGCCGACUAACACAAAGGAAAGUAGUUCCCGACCCAAGAUUAGUGCAGAUAAAUGGAUAGAAUAUACUAGGACUGCCUUCUCUGUGGAUCCUAGGCUUGCUUUAUCCUUGGCCUCAAGGUUCCCGACCAAUGCAUUUGUAAAAACUGAAGUAACUCAGCUUGUACAGGCAAAUAUAGUGGAUGUGCGCAACAUACCAGAAGCAUUACCUUACUUUAUCACCCCAAAGGCAGUUGAUGAUAAUUCAGUGCUCUUGCAACAAUUGCCUCAUUGGGCUCCUUGUUCUAUUACACAAGCUCUAGAGUUUCUUUCUCCUGCAUACAAGGGUCAUCCACGGGUCAUGGCAUACAUUCUAAGGGUUCUGGAAUCCUAUCCUCCUGAACGAGUAACUUUUUUCAUGCCACAGCUGGUGCAGUCGUUGCGACAUGAUGAAGGGAAAUUGGUUGAAGGGUAUUUGCUUAGAGCUGCUCAAAGAAGUGACAUAUUUGCCCAUAUUCUUAUCUGGCAUUUGCAGGGUGAGACUGUACCUGAGACAGGAAAAGACCCAAACAGUGGGAAGAAUGGUUCAUUUCUAGAACUGCUGCCAGCGGUAAGGCAGCGUAUAAUUGAUGGUUUUAAUCCAAAGGCACUUGACAUAUUUAAAAGAGAGUUUGAUUUCUUUGACAAAGUUACAUCCAUCUCUGGUGUACUAUUUCCACUCCCUAAAGAAGAACGCCGAGCUGGUAUCCGGAGGGAGUUGGAGAAAAUUGAAAUGGAUGGUGAGGACCUUUAUUUACCGACAGCUCCUAACAAGCUUGUUAGGGGUAUUCGAGUAGAUAGUGGUAUUCCCUUACAAUCAGCUGCAAAAGUCCCAAUCAUGAUAACUUUUAAUGUAAUUGAUCGAGAUGGGGAUGAGAAUGAUGUAAAGCCACAAGCUUGCAUUUUCAAGGUUGGAGAUGACUGUAGACAAGAUGUUCUUGCCCUUCAAGUAAUAGCACUACUUAGAGAUUUAUUUGAAGCCGUUGGCUUAAAUCUUUAUCUAUUUCCUUAUGGUGUACUGCCUACUGGUCCUGAGAGAGGUAUAAUAGAGGUUGUGCCAAAUACGCGCAGUAGAAGUCAGAUGGGGGAAACAACUGAUGGAGGUUUGUUUGAGAUAUUUCAGCAAGAUUAUGGGCCUGUUGGGUCUGCCAGUUUUGAGGCUGCACGCCAGAACUUUAUCAUUAGCAGUGCUGGUUAUGCUGUUGCUAGUCUUUUGCUUCAACCAAAGGAUAGGCACAAUGGGAACCUUCUCUUUGAUAAUGUUGGGAGGCUUGUUCAUAUUGACUUCGGUUUCAUCCUAGAAACUUCUCCGGGUGGGAAUAUGCGUUUUGAAAGUGCUCAUUUUAAGCUGAGCCAUGAGAUGACACAAUUACUAGAUCCAUCUGGUGUUAUGAAGAGUGAUACAUGGAACCAGUUUUUAAGUUUGUGCGUGAAGGGGUACCUUGCUGCCCGUCGACGAAUGGAUGGGAUCAUCACUACUGUGUCAUUAAUGCUAGACAGUGGGUUACCUUGCUUCAGCAGGGGUGACCCGAUUGGCAAUCUUCGGAAGAGAUUUCAUCCGGAGAUGAGUGAGCGUGAAGCAGCCAAUUUCAUGACCCAUGUUUGUAAAGAUGCUUAUAAUAAGUGGACCACUGCUGGCUAUGACUUGAUACAGUAUCUGCAGCAAGGCAUCGAGAAGUGAGAUAAUAUAGAGCUUACCUAACAUGUACAUUGUUGCUUGUAAUUUUACAUUCAUUGUUGUCUUAUGCUUUGAUUUUUUGAGGAAUUUUCACCGUUAUAGUAUUGGGGAGGGAAUAGUAGUAAAUGCCGAAUGAAGAUUCAAAAGUUCUGUAAUAUAUAUAUAUA